AUGUCACAAAAAAAUAAUUAAAUUCACUUUUUUGUUCGGUUACAUUUUUAUUUUUUCGUCUAUAUUUGUUUACACUUUCGAAAAUGCAUAGGCGUUUAAGGGAUACUGCAGAGGUCAAAAGGAUUCAGGCUCUCAAGGCAUUGUUCAAAAAAGUUAUUCACAUGGUGAGCUUAAAUAAUCCGUGGAAAGACAGCGAUGACGACCAGAAGAUAAAUUCUUACGUCAAAAGAAAUAUAUCGACUCGAGUUCGGGCAAGGCGUAAAACAGGCUUCCUCGCAGCAGCGGAAAGAACAUUAAUUCGCACACCUCACGUAAUACGAACUAUUCCGGAAAGAAUGAAAUUGUGUACGUUGUUUGCGAAGCUUAGAUGCUUGUCUCGUUUUACUCCAAAACUCCGUGCUCGCUUAGUUCCAGUGACCCGCUUGAUCGCCGUUGAUGCUGGCCGAGUUAUCAUAAGGCAAUCGGAUGUUCCCAUAACCGUGUAUUUUGUAAUAACUGGCGAAGUGCAUAUGAUUCAAAAUAGAGACAAGGAUGGAGAUGGGCUGCUGAAAGCCAUUAUAGGUCCUGGAGAUAUGGUGGGAGAUAUGGAGCUAUUGGAGGGCAUCAAACGAACUCACACCUUCAGAGCAGCAACUAACUGCGAACUGCUGGUGCUUUUCGACUAUGACUUUGCGCAGAUUCUCGGGCCCUACAUGACGAAGAUUUGGGACGAGAAGAAACGGGCCCUCAAGGCACUGGACUACUUUGAUUUCCUCGACGAUGACCAGGUCAUGGAAGCCUGCCGAUUCGGGAGGCUAAAACAAUACCAACCGCUGGAUACCAUAUACUGUGACGAUAUAGGAUCCAUGACAAAUGUUCACUUCGUGCUGAGUGGGGAAUGUCUGAUACUUCAGUGCCUAAAUAUGAGUGUUAGUUUGAAAAAAGGAAAAAAAGUUUUUCAACUAAUGCCAACGUCUGCGGGCGAUGUGUCAAACAUGUUUAGAAAAGGCGUGAGAUCCACAUUUUCCCUUUCCAGCAAAUCGGAGGAUGUCUCAAAAAUAGAUCUGGUUGAGCUCGUGGAGAGUUCAACUUCCAGCUCUAAGGAUAAUGGCCAGAAUACUACACUGAAUCGCACGAUGCGUAAAAUGAAAUUAAGAGAUAUAGAAAAAGCGUGUGGUUUAGUGAAAUCAUUACCGAUGCCGAAGCCACGUUUCACAUUGCGCCGUUCAACUCUAAAGUCAUCGGUUACCGUAUUCUCUGAAGCCAAACAUGAUUUUAUAGACGAAGACAUUUUUGAAGAUUUUUGGGAAAUCUGCGAAGAUGAAGAUGAGCUGGAAAUAAGUUCUUCUGAUUCAGAAGACUUGAAGUUAGAGAUCAAACCGCCCUUCCGCACUAGCUCAAAUGUCUACAAAAAUGAUGAAAGUGAUCAAGAUGGAAGUGUUUCUUCAUCGUCUAUUUCUAGUUUUAGUUCAAGCAAUGAAGGUGCAACUACACCCGUUGUCGAAAGCCAUUUUAUCGAUGUCGGUACACUUACGUUUGGAGGAAUUUUCGGCUUGGGCGAGACAAUGGAGCACCGAGUGAUAAUGGCCAGAACCACGGUUCAGUGUCUGACCCUUCCCAGAUUUUUCCUGCUAGAAAAGAAGCAAAAUCCAGGCAACAUUUGGGAGCGCAGGCUACUCUACAUGGACUGCAUGAUUCCCUCAAGGGAAGCCCUUUUCGCCCACUUUCUCAAAGCUUGUGACUGGAGGAAAUUCAAAAACGACUUUAUUCAGGAAAGUUUGAAGCCAUCCGAUAAUGACGUAACACACGCAGGCGACAUUCCAAUAAUUUGCAGAAUUGUGGAAUCAUCAGAAGAUGUCAAUUAAUUGGUUAAAAUAAAUUCAUUGCGGUCCGUUUUUACAAAUUUCAGUUAAACAAAAAAUUUAUAA